AUGAUGGAGCUUGUGGAGAGACCCAAGAGGAGCUCGACAAAUUCAACGUCAUCAUUGUCCUCCUCAUCGUCGUAUUCAUUGUCGGCGUCAUCCUCCUCGUCCUCCUCUUCGACAUCAUCAUCAUCAAAGUAUUAUUACAGAGACAAAGGAUGUAUUAUCCCUCAAAUGGUCGAUGGUACACACAUCAACAACAGUCAUCUCCUCCUCUCAUCCCUCACCGACAACUUCACCAUCCCAACACUUGCACUGAACAAUAGUUAUGCAUGUCGUUCAAUGUCACCAUUCAUACAUCUACAACAACAUCAACAACAACAUCAACAUCAUCAUCAACAUCAUCAUCAAUCAUCAAAGCAACGUAACAAGAUAUGGCGUACAAUUGCCAAUCUAAUUGUUAGACAAUGCUUCUAUCCUGUAGUGCACUCGAGCACGGAGGAGCCGGGAAUUAGCCGGCGACACAAUUUCCGCGAAUUUAUAACCCGUCUGUCGCUGGUCUCCCGGACAUGGGCGGACCGCAUCGUGCCGCACCUGCAGUACGGCCAUGUGGAGAUAUCGACAAAGAAGGAGUUCGAGCUGAUCUACCGUCUGACGCAGACGGGCCUGUAUCGCCAGCGCUUCAGGUUCGCCUCGGUGUCCAUCUCGCUGCUGGCCGAGAUCGACACGCACGUCAGCCAACUGCAUCGCCUGCCGCCCCUGGCCGACGACCUGCAGGUGGAGCUGAUCAUCUCCAAUCAGUCGCGCCAAUGGAUCAUGGUGAACGAGCCGUCGCGGCCCGAGAAGGACCUCUCCAUCAAGUCGAUCGUGUCAGUCGUGCGUCAACAACAGCGACGCAACACCAAGCAACAUGUACUGGCGCUCGACUCUGGAGCCAUGGCGUCUGGCGCAGCGGCGUCGUCGCCCGUGACCAAAAUGUCCAUCUCGUUGGGUGUCUCGUCGCCCCAACAGCUGCUCACUGAGCGCCUGCUCGACGACCUCUCGCUGAUGGACCUGCACGACCUCUACUGCAAGCUCAACAAGAACAACUGCACCAUUCAUACACUCAACAUCCAGAGCAGUAACAUUGACGUCGUCAUACCAACUAGCACCGCGGCGUCAUCUAGUUCAUCGACUGGCACGUCAUCAACACAUCAUCCCACAAGCAUCACAAGUGCACAAUCCUCAAGCAAUCUGACCUACAUGCCUGCAAUGCUGCCCGCCAGUCUUAGUCUGCAUUGCAGUGGCGUGUGCUCUACUGAUGGCCAGGCGAUCGCCUCCAUCAUCGAGACAUACAGCAACAUUCAUACAUUGGACAUUGGUGGCAACUCCCUAGGCAGGGACACGCUCGAGCGAAUACUGGAGAGCCUGUGCAACAACAGCUCCAUCACCAAACUAUGUCUGGCGUCGACGCCCGACCUCAACGACGCACUUCUGGCCAAAUACAUUCGUACGACAACGUCGUUGCAGUGUCUGGACCUCAGCUCCAACAACCUGGGCCAGUUCACCGAGACGUUUGACGCGCUCUCUGACAACUCCUCGCUCACAUCGCUCAACGUGAUGAGGGCGCGUCUGAAGCUGCAGGCCAAGAAGAACCUGUGUCAGGCUAUCUCCAACCAUCGAUCACUGCGCCUGCUCAACCUCUCCAAGUACUGCUUCUACGAGGACCUGGUCGAGCCCAUGUGCACGAUCGAGUCGGUGCUGAGUAAUCAGACGCUGACCGACAUCGACCUCUCCUUCAACUACAUCGACGCCAAGAACACCAAGCUCAUUGCCGACUGGCUGUCGCGCAAUCAAUCCGUCACUCGACUCAGCCUCGACCGUAACCCUGUGGGCGAGGGCUUCUCCCACCUGCUUGAGGCCAUGACGGCCAACAACACCCUCACCUACCUCUCACUGUCACACUGCCAUCUCCAAUCACACGCGCCGCCACUCUUCUUCCUGAUGCUCUCGACCAAUCAGACGCUGAGGCGUAUGAAUCUGCGCGGCAACCAACUCUCCGACGAGGCCGGCCACGAGAUUGCCUGCGUGCUGCCGUUCAACCAGUCGCUGCAGUACUUGGAUCUGUCGUUCAACCGUCUGACGUCGACCUCGGCGCUGACGCUCUACAAGACACUGCAGUACAACAAGUCAUUGUGUCAUCUGGAGUUGUCUGGCAACAGUCUUGGACAACUAUUGAUUCAAUCACUAUUCGACAAGUAUCUGGAUCACCUGCGGCUCGUCAUCGUCGGUGAUUCCAGUCAACUAAUGGAGCAACCCGUUGUCAAGAACAGGAACUAUAGACAAUGUUGUAAUAUAUUAUAG